UCAACAAAGUCGAUUGGAACAACAAUCAGACUCUCUCGGUUACAUACUAGCUCCUCCUCCUCCUUCUCCGGCGAUCUUCUCCGGCGAUCUCUGAAUUUAAGUGUGAGGAAAUUCCAUGGCUCCAAAAAAGAAAAAGAAACAGAGCAAUAACGCUGCUGAAUCUAGUUCUAAAAGUACAGUUGCUGAAAAAAAAACUCCCCAAGCACUGAAGGGUAAACGUAAACUUGUAAAAAAGUUCUCUCACAUAAACUCUGCACAAUCCAAAGAAGCUGAGAUUAGUUCACAAAUGCAAGCCAGAAACAAACACAAGAAGGCAAAAAAUGGCAACAAAGGAAAUCAUGUUGGUGAAAAAGAUGCUAGCAAGUCUGAAAAUAUUAAUAAAGGAAACAAUGAACUGGAUAUGAGUGAAAGAUGUGGAGAGAUGAGUAAGUAUGAAAAAACUCAAAAGAGCCUUGAUCUAAAUGAAGGACGGGGAGAGGUAAAUAAGGAUGCAAAAACUUUGAAUAGUCUUGGUGGAGUAAUUUUCAUGUGCAAUGCCAGAACGAAAGAAGAUUGUUUCAGAUAUCGUGUGAUGGGUGUUUCGGCAAGCAAACAACACUUUGUAAUGGGAAUCAAACCUGGUCUUAAGCUUUUCCUCUUUGAUUUCGAUCUUAAGCUCAUGUAUGGUAUCUAUGAGGCAUCUUCUGCUGGUGGAAUGAGACUUCAACCAGCAGCAUUCGGUGGGGCGUUCCCUGCUCAGGUACCUUUUAGGAUUCACAAGGACUGUAUUCCACUACCAGAGAAUGUGUUCAAGAAAGCAAUUAAAGACAAUUAUGAUGAAAAGACACGCAAGUUUAAGACUGAGCUGACUGUUAUGCAGGUGGAGAAGUUAACAGAGCUGUUUAGACCUGCACUAUGUAUGGAUCCAACUCUCAAACCAGUACUACAGGAUGCUGUGGCUCAGCCAGUUAUUCAGCGCUCAGCAGCACCACCUUUAUCUGGCUAUGAACCUGUCAGGGAGCAUGUAUAUGGAGCUCAAUACGGCAGUAGUAAAGCAGGUCAGAAUUUCUCACCACGUGAUCAUGGAAGGCAGCAGUUUGUGGACCAUCAUGUCAUGCCUAGAGAGGUUGCCCGUAAUCCGCAUUUUCUUACUGAGAAAGAAUACAGAAGCUAUGGUCUUCAACAGGCAAAACAUCUGCAUCCCUGUACUUCUGCAGUACAUGUGACCCACAAAUUGGAUCAUUAUGGAUCAAAACAAGGAAUACAGCAGCUACUGAGGGCCCCUGCUGGUGUGAGAAGUGAUGCAGCUUUUGCACGGAAUGAACAUGUUUACUCUGAUGCUCGUUUUCCAAAUGAAAGGGAAUACCGUAGUUACGGCCUCAAUAGUCUCCAUGGGAGACCUGGUACUGUUACUCCUGCUGCAGAAAGUAGUAAUACAAUGUCUGCAGCUGCCAAUCAUAGUUUACUAAAAAAUGUAAAUCCUUACGACGAGGAUACCACCUCACUUGUGAACCGGUAUCUUUCUCUUCCACGGACAAUGAUAACACCUGGAGAGUUGCCUUUGACAGGCAGAGAGUCAUUUGCUAGUGCUUCCAACUAUGUGAGUGACAUCAGAGGCCAGCCAGGAAGAUUGUCUGCUGAAAAUGUAAGAUUUUAUGCACCAAUUACUCCUUAUGCACUAUCAGGUUAUGGCCACAUAUAUCAGCAUCCUAGAGAUGAGCCUGGAAGAUCAUCGUCAGUCUUACCUCAGUAUCCUUUUGCUGGCCCACCUGCAUCACGUCGCUGAAACUGCGCUGCAAAGUAUAUCCAUUCCUGUAUGAUGUCCAUUGUGGCUCCAAUGGAUUCCAGAAUCUAAAAAAUUACUCUAUUUUAUUUCACAUUUCCUUCCUGUACAUGUUGGAAAAUAAUCCUGAUGGUUUUGCGGGAUGCUUCGGCCUCAGUUCUUCAGACAGCUUGAUGUUUGUUCAUACCUAUAGUAAGGUCCUGCUGAAAUCUGCGACUAUGAUGGGCAGUGUUGUGUGCCGAUGCUACAGCUGCUUAGUUUGUGAAAGGUCUACCCAGGAAAGUCGAAUCCUAACUAUGAAUCACAUUAGCAAGACGGAUCUUGGCCUAACUCCAGUAAUCUCUCGUUUGUCUGAGACCAUCAGAUGACACCCCAUGUGAUAGAGAUGCAUCUCACGCCCAUCGUGGAAGAGGUGCAUCUCCAUCUAAAUGACAAUGAUGAGCCAAGACAUCGAUCUUUGGUUCAAGUUUUCCUGUUUUAUUUUUUUAUUUAUCGGUUUCCUAUGUACAAUAUUUUCUGUUUCUACUAGAUUAUCUGAUGUUUCCGCAAGAUAAAGUUGAUGCAUCCCCAAAGGCAAUGUUUGCCUGAACACAGAACUGUGAUAGUGUAGCUUUUAUAGGAAGGAUUGAUGCCUCCGUUGUUGAACUGCUCAAGGAGUAGACUAAAAAAAAGUUCAUGUUGGUGCCA